CAGCUACCUGAUGGCCAUGGAGAAGAGCAAGGCGACGCCGGCCGCCCGCGCCAGCAAGAAGAUCGUUCUGCCCGAGCCCAGGGUCUCAGGGACAGGAAGAGGUGAUUUUAUGGAAAUGACCAGACAGAAUCCUGGGUUGUCCAUUGCUGGGCCCUCCUUUUCCUGAGCCAUCCCUACUGCCUGCCAUACUAUAGUAAAAGAGAAGGUUCUGGAUCAGAAGCCAGCGCAUACAGAUCUAAUUCCACUGGUACCUUGCCAUGAGACUUUGUAUCCGAAGCGUGAUGCAGAAAUAUCUUGCGGAGAGAAAUGAAACAACCUUUGACAAGAUUUUCAAUCAGAAAAUCGGUUUCUUGCUAUUUAAAGAUUUUUGUUUGAAUGAAAUUAAUGAAGCUGUACCUCAGGUGAAGUUUUAUGAAGAGAUAAAGGAAUAUGAGAAGCUUGACAAUGAGGAAGAUCGCCUGUGUAGAAGUCGGCAGAUUUAUGAUGCCUACAUCAUGAAGGAGCUUCUGUCCUGUUCACAUCCAUUCUCCAAGCAAGCUGUAGAACACGUCCAAAGUCACCUGUCCAAGAAGCAAGUGACAUCAACUCUUUUUCAGCCAUACAUAGAAGAAAUUUGUGAAAGUCUUCGAGGCAACAUUUUCCAAAAGUUUAUGGAAAGUGACAAGUUCACUAGAUUUUGUCAGUGGAAAAAUGUAGAAUUAAAUAUUCAUUUGACCAUGAAUGAUUUCAGUGUACACAGGAUUAUUGGACGAGGAGGAUUUGGUGAAGUAUAUGGUUGCAGGAAAGCAGACACUGGAAAAAUGUAUGCGAUGAAGUGCUUGGAUAAGAAGAGGAUCAAGAUGAAGCAAGGAGAAACGUUAGCCUUAAAUGAAAGGAUUAUGUUGUCCCUUGUCAGUACAGGAGAUUGUCCUUUCAUCGUCUGUAUGACGUACGCCUUCCACACUCCGGAUAAACUCUGCUUCAUUCUUGACCUGAUGAACGGUGGCGACUUGCACUAUCACCUCUCACAGCACGGGGUGUUCUCUGAGAAGGAGAUGCGUUUUUAUGCCACGGAAAUCAUUCUGGGGCUGGAGCACAUGCACAACCGCUUCGUGGUCUAUAGAGACUUGAAGCCUGCAAAUAUCCUCCUGGAUGAGCACGGGCAUGUCAGGAUCUCCGAUCUCGGUCUGGCCUGUGAUUUUUCCAAAAAGAAGCCGCAUGCAAGCGUGGGCACCCAUGGGUACAUGGCUCCUGAGGUGCUGCAGAAGGGGACAGCCUACGACAGCAGUGCUGACUGGUUCUCCCUGGGCUGCAUGCUCUUCAAACUUCUGAGGGGUCACAGCCCUUUCAGACAACACAAAACCAAAGAUAAGCAUGAGAUAGACCGAAUGACACUCACCGUGAAUGUGGAGCUCCCAGAUGCCUUUUCCCCCGAGCUGAAGUCACUUCUGGAAGGCCUGCUACAGCGUGAAGUGAGCAAGCGGCUGGGCUGCCACGGAGGCGGCGCGCAGGAAGUGAAAGAGCACAGCUUCUUCAAGGGUGUCGACUGGCAGCAUGUCUACCUCCAAAAGUACCCACCCCCACUGAUCCCUCCCCGGGGAGAAGUCAAUGCUGCGGACGCUUUUGACAUUGGCUCAUUUGAUGAAGAGGAUACGAAAGGCAUUAAGCUGCUUGAUUGCGACCAAGAACUCUACAAGAACUUCCCUUUGGUCAUCUCUGAGCGCUGGCAGCAGGAAGUGACAGAGACGGUUUAUGAGGCAGUAAACACAGACACUGAUAAAAUCGAAGCCAGGAAGAGAGCAAAAAAUAAGCAACUGGGCCAUGAGGAAGAUUACGCCCUGGGCAAGGACUGCAUCCUGCACGGGCACAUGCUGAAGCUGGGCAACCCCUUCCUCACGCAGUGGCAGCGCCGCUACUUCUACCUCUUCCCGAACAGGCUGGAGUGGAGAGGAGAGGGCGAGUCCCGGCAAAAUUUACUGACCAUGGAACAGAUUCUCUCUGUGGAAGAAACUCAGAUUAAAGACAAAAAGUGCAUCUUGUUUAGAAUAAAAGGAGGGAAGCAGUUUAUCUUGCAAUGUGAGAGCGACCCAGAGUUUGCGCAGUGGAAGAAGGAGCUGACCGAGACCUUCACAGAGGCCCAGCGCUUGCUGCGCCGAGCUCCCAAGUUCCUCAACAAAGCCCGGUCAGGUGUGGUGGAACUGUCCAAGCCACCGCUAUGUCACAGAAAUAGCAAUGGCCUCUGACCCAGGGCCCGAGGGCUUCCAGGAGGCUGCCCUGGGCCUCAGCCACAACCAGAUCCACAAAUGAGCCGGAGCUGGGAUGGUGCAGGCACCUAGCUGAGCGCGGGUCUCUGGGACGCUGACGUCCCCGCAGGAGUGGGACUGUCCUCGGCUGGGGCAGCCUCGCACCACUGCCGGCCGGUGUCUGUCUGCACUGGGAACUACUGAAGAAACCACAGCCCUCUUUCUUUGCUACGUACUUAUUUUGGUAUCUGUGAACUUAGAAUUUGAAAUGAUUCCUACUGACCACUUAAAUUUUUAUGUCUGACAUCAAACAUACCUUAGACUUUGCGGGAUGGAAUUAAAACACUUCAGGAUCAGGGAGGAGGCUGCCUUGUGCAUAGCCAUGUUUCGCUCGUCUAGGUCUGUGCACCCAGCUGCUGGGGGAGGCAGGCGGUGGUGUUCCUGUGUGCACCCCCAAGCGACUCUCGUCCCCCUGGGGGUGGAAGUUAAGCUGUAUCCUGACGGGCAGCUCUUGGGACCUUCACCUGCACCGCCUGCCUCCACGGGUCUGUGCCGGGGGCUGCCAGCUGGACAGGGCCAUUGCCCCUUUGUAAUGUGUGUGGGAUGGACUGUUACUGCAAGGAAUGGCUGCAAGCAUUGCAGAGGGAGCGCGGCCUGCAAGCCUGGCAGGCUCCUGUCACUGCAGCACAGUGAUGCACUUGGUCCCCACCACCAACAGCUGUGGGACACAGGCAUUCCCUUUCCCUCGGUGUCGCCCUAGGAAAAGGAGAAGAACUGCUCGGUUUUAGAUUUGACUAUGACUUAAAAUGGAUUUUAUUUUGAAGAACAGUGCUGAGGACUGAAUGUGUCCAGUGGGUUAAUUGGGUGCUGACCUCUGUCGUCCAUCGCUAGUGAGUAACACUUUGCACUGGGCUUUUGCACGAUUCUGAGGACAUUUGAGCAGAACGGCUUCCCCAGCCCCGCUGGCGUCCCCUCCUAGAGUUUGAUGUCCCUGCUGCUGCUGUGCUGGUGAUGCCCCAAGCGGAUGCCGGGCUACCAGAACCCGUGAAGGCCCCCACGUCAUCAGCUAAGAUAUGAUAAUAAUUUUAAAAGUCCAUAUAUUUGCCCAGUUCUUGGUGUGGUUUUAUUGUAUGUCUUUAACUACUAACGAUAGAAAUACCUGAACCUCAUCGUCACUGCAUCCUGUCCUUGAUAUUUUCAUGGUUCCAAACCACCAUUUUUGUAUUUGUGUGCUGCAGUCAUCGAGAAAGUAUGAACUUUUUACUGAAAUUAUAUUGUAAGAGUUUGGAAGAUAAUUUAAUGUGAAAAGGCCUGUUCUAUAGGCAUUACUCUGGAAAAGGAAUUUGGGGAUUUGUUAUCGAUCUCAAUUCCUAGUUGGGUUUUCAAUGCACAUACGUGUUCUGCUGUUUCCAGUGUUGGAGGGGGCUGUCCUGUGCAUGUGUUCCACUUGUUUAAAAGGGAAGCGUUCAGAUUCUAGUAGGCACCCACAUCCACACCUGCACACAUGCACGCACGCACGCAUGCGCGCACACGCACGCAUGCGCACACACGUCAGCCGCCAGAAACGGAGCAGCCCUUGCUAUUGCAUCUGCCUGGCCUCAUUCAGUUGCAGUGAUAGCUGCUGUGGGUUUCCAUGGAUCACAAGCUCUCAGGCGUCAGCCCGCAGUGCAGGCUGCGCCUCUGCCCCCUUCACAAGACAAGAGGCCUCCUGUUGGGGGGAGCUGUGACACCACCAGGUGCCAGGAAGUUUAGAAAGAUUACCCAGCCUUCCCAAGCUUGCUGUCCACUUAAGGCAAUCCACGUUUCUUUUAGAAGUUAUGUUUGCUCUAGAGCAGAAAAGAAAUAUGAAUUAGAAGAUCCCGAGAGUCUUCUGCCCUAAGCUUAUGCCUAUAAAUAUACACUUUGCAGGAGAUAGCUGAGAAGUCCUCUGGGUGUCACUUGUCAGAGCCCUGCAAGAGCCCGGGAUGAGCUCUCAGUGGGGCAGGGGCAGUGUCUGGUGUGGCAGCCCCAGCAGACCCGUCUUCCACCAAACGGUCUGUGUGACCAGACGGGGUUGCCACAGGGCCCGCACCCAGGCUGGCGGGGGCAGGAGAAGCGGCUGGGUUGGGCGUGUUACUUGCUGUGUUUGACUGUUAGAGGAGUUUUCAUUGUCCACAAAAUGAAUUCCUAGGUGUUUGGCCCUUCGUGCAUUUUGUGUCAUUGAAAAGUUCAAAAGUCAGCCCAAGUCUUCGCAUUUCGAUAGAUUUCUAUAGUUGGGAUGUUUUCACAUUGUUAAGGAAAAUAAUUGAGGUUGCUAUUUUUAUAAAAUUAAGUUACAACAAGAUUUGAUUUUGCAACUCGAAUCAAAGAGUAAAAAUAGGUUACUUGAAGCUGCUGCUAUAUAACAUAAAUGGAAUAAAUUAAAAUUUAUAUGAACCCUA